AUGUAUCAACCAGCACCAACAAAAUCUCCACGGAUGACAAAAACAGUAGUUCAAAAAGCAAUACAGCCGCCACCAGCACAGCCGCCCACGCAGACACAACCACCACAGCAUCAGCACAUGGCACAUCCUCAAACUCAUCCACAGCAAUCUAUUCCUCCUCAUCCUCAAGCACCCGUCCAACAGCUACAGAAACCGCAACAGCGUCCCGUGUUACCAGGUGGUGGCAUACCUUCACAGCAGACGCCUACACCGCCUGUCCCUAUAACAAAGCCUAGUCCAUCUCCGAGCGCAUCAAGUAGCAUAAGUAAGAAUGUAGCCGGACCAAGUAAAGAGGGACCGUCAUCGGUAGCGCCAGUGAAGGGAGGUGACGCUCAAAGAACAAAGCGGCCUAUGAACGCGUUCCUGAUUUUCUCUGGCGAGAGACGACCGCAGUUGCAAAAGGCUGAUCCUAGAUUGACUACUGCAGAUCUAAGCAAGAAGCUUGGCAAUGAAUGGAAGCGGAUGGAAGCGGAAAAAAAGGAUCGUUAUGUUGAGAAAGCCAAACUGUUAAAGGAGGAAUUUACAAACAAUAAUCCUGGAUACAAGUACUCUCGUCGUUCAAACUCUACUCACAAGCACAAACGUAGUGGAAAGAGUGCCAGUUCUAGUAGUGUGUCAAGUGCAUCGGUUAGUUCUGGAAGAUCUGCCUCGUAUACACAGUCGCCUGGUGGGAAAGGACGUGGUGCUCCUGUUGGAAAAUCAAAGAGAGAUCGUAAAUUGAAGCGACCGAUGAAUGCAUUCUUACUAUAUAACAAAGAGAUGCGACCAAAAGUUUUACAGAAAAAUCCUAAUAUGACUGUAGCAGAGAUUUCGAAAACUAUUGGCGACAGUUGGCGUUCUAUGCCAGGGGAUCAACGCGAAAACUAUCUUCAACUAGCCCGUCAGAUAAAAGAUGAAUUCCACACCAAUAACCCCGACUUUGUGUAUACGCGCCGUUCUAAAGCAGAAUUAGCAGCCGCGGGUCUUAGUUCGACCAAGAAACGCAACUACAAUGAGGAAUCUAGCGCUGAGGAAGACACUCGCCCUCGGCGUAAGCGCCACGAUGACGGUACACAUCACAAGGAUCCUCGUGGUCGCAAGAAGAAGCGCGCACGACAUCCUACUGCGCCAAAACAUCCAAUGUCCGGGUUCUUAUUCUACGCCAGUGAUGUCAGACCGGAGAUUACUCAGGAAAAUCCAGGAAAGACUGUUGGGUUUAUUAGUCAGAUUAUUGCUAAGAAAUGGAGAGCGUUGACUCCUGAAGAGAAAUCUCCUUGGGAACAGAAAGCAUCAGCAGACAAGGCGAGAUACGCUAAAGAAAUGGAAACUUAUUUGCAGAGUCAGAAGAGCGAAGAGUGA